GAAGAAUAAACCUCGUCUCCACCACAAUCUAGUGGCCUGGAAAGACAACAUGGUGAGACAAGGCAAGUCUCUGUUUGAAAGAUUCGAGAGCAACACAUUCGAUCCCUGAUAAUCCAUGUCCUCUCGGGUUUGGUUUGGUUUGGUUUAGUGAUAAAAGAUAAAACAAGGUUUAAGGUUAUCGUUUUUUGAAAAUAUAAUAGAAAUUAUAGUUUAUAGAUUUUUUUUUAAAAUAUUUAUUUUAUUUUUUAAAAAAUUAUUUUUAACAUUACCGUAAUUAAAACAAUUUAAAAACAUAAAAAAAUUAUUCCUUUCCUUUCCUGCACGACGAGGUGUCUACUUUAAAAGAGAGGCUGAAGUGUCACAGGGAGGUUUCGGAGAAGCUAUAGCUCUACAAGCAUCUUUCAUGCAGUACAAAGGGAAGAUGGGAUUGCUCCUUGGACUCCUCGUGAUCACCGGCUUAUGCCUGUCUGCAUCUUCAACACCACUCGACGACAAGCCCUUCCUUCCAGAUCCUUUGCAGGAGAAUGAUCUAGGAGCUGCAGGCACACAUGAACAUUGCAUCGGUAGCACUGACGAUGAUUCUAAUGAAAGAAGUGGCAUAGUACACAGCAGCAAAUUUGCACAUGGCGGCUCAGCUCAUGGAGGUGCACGUGGUGGUGGAGCAACUGGGGCAGCUGACAAUGCACACGGUGGUGGCGAAGCACAAGGAGGUGGAGCAGUCGUCCCGGUAAUCAUAGCAGGUGCUGCAGCUAAUCACCGACCAAACAACCACCACAAUGCUGGCAGCCGCCAAGUGAACUGCAUAGUGCCUCCAUUGAUUACAACCACCUUUGUUGCUCUCAUUGUACAUUAAGCUAAGUGUAGAUCGAUCCAUUAAGCAAAAAUAAUGGUAUUUGUCACUCAGUUUUGGGUUGUGUUUGUAUACAAGUCUGUUCUGUGCA